ACAUAUACUGAGCGCCGACACUGUGUGCGAAGUGGAGGGAGACGAUGGUGGAGAGGCAGACCCAGCCCUGCUGUUACUGAGCUCGCAGUGGGCAGUCAGGCCUGUCAGGGACAGAGAGAGAGGACAGGAAAGGAAGAAGGAGAGAGAAAAAUGUCAAUGUGAUGACCCAAGAACACGCAACCAGGAUUCUGGCCUGACCAGGAAUCAAAGGGACGAUGCCCAACCAACUGAGCCCACCAGCCAAGGCUCCCACUGACUGUUAAUUGCCUGAUAGCCUCCUCGAAGGCCUCCCGGUCUUUACCCUUUGUAGGGAACAUAGUCUGUUCUCCUCACAGCAGCGAAAGGGAUCGUUUUAAUACGAGCAGCGGACCCUUCUGCACCCACCCGCCCGGACCCCCGCGAUGCCGGCCCCGCAGUGCGCCUCCUGCGGCAAGGCCCGCGCCGCCCUCCGCCGCCCGCGCUCCGGCCAAGCGCUGUGCGGCGCCUGCUUCUGCACCGCCUUCGAGGCCGAGGUGCUGCACACGGUGGUGGCGGGCCGCCUGCUGCCGCCCGGCGCCGUGGUGGCCGUGGGGGCCUCGGGCGGCAAGGACUCCACGGUGCUGGCGCACGUGCUGCGCGAGCUGGCGCCGCGCCUGGGCGUCUCGCUGCAGCUGGUGGCGGUGGACGAGGGCAUCGGCGGCUACCGGGACGCGGCGCUGGCGGCCGUGCGGCGCCAGGCGGCGCGCUGGGAGCUGCCGCUCACCAUCGUGGCCUACGCCGACCUCUUCGGGGGCUGGACAAUGGACGCCGUGGCCCGCAGCACGGCCGGCUCCGGCCGCAGCCGCUCCUGCUGCACCUUCUGCGGGGUGCUGCGGCGGCGCGCGCUGGAGGAAGGGGCGCGCCUUGUGGGAGCCACGCACGUCGUGACCGGCCACAACGCGGAUGACAUGGCAGAGACGGUGCUCAUGAACUUCCUGCGGGGCGACGCGGGCCGGCUGGCCCGGGGCGGUGGCCUGGGCUCGGCGGGCGAGGGGGGCGCCCUGCCACGCUGCCGCCCGCUGCAGCUGGCCUCGCAGAAGGAGGUGGUGCUGUACGCGCACUUCCGCCGCCUGGACUACUUCUCCGAGGAGUGCGUGUACGCGCCCGAGGCCUUCCGCGGCCACGCGCGCCACCUGCUCAAGCUGCUGGAGGCGGCGCGGCCGUCGGCGGUGUUGGACCUGGUGCACUCGGCCGAGCGCCUGGCGCUGGCCCCGGCCGCGCGGCCCCCGCCCGCCGGCGCCUGCUCCCGCUGCGGGGCACUGGCCAGCCGCACGCUCUGCCAGGCCUGCGCCCUGCUGGACGGCCUGGACCGCGGCCGGCCCCGCCUGGCCAUCGGCAAGGGCCGCCGGGGGCGGGACGAGGUGGGGCCGGCGGUGGUGGCUGCAUCGGGGACUCCACAGGAGGAGCAGCAGGAGCAGGUCCAGCCCCCAGCUCAGAAAGAAGCCGUUCCCGCAGUUCUCACUUUCUAGGGACCCCAGUUCUAGAGGAGCUUUGGGCACGGGGCGCCUGAAAAUGACACUGGGAAUAAGCCCGGGUGACCUU